AUGGCAAAAGAGAUAACAUUAGGGUUCAUCCUGAUUGUUGUUUUCGUGGUUUCAAUAUCACAAUCUCGUCUUGUUAAUGGAGCACCACAAGUACCUUGUUUUUUCAUUUUUGGUGAUUCAUUGGCUGAUAAUGGCAAUAAUAACAACCUCCGGAGCUUUGCUAAAGUCAACUACCAACCUUACGGGAUUGAUUUUCCAACUGGACCGACAGGAAGAUUUUGCAAUGGCCGGACCACAGUUGACAUACUAGCUCAACUGUUGGGUUUUGAGAACCCCAUCCCAUCAUUUGCAGCUACUAGCUGCCCAGACAUUUUAAAAGGUCUGAACUACGCAUCAGGCUCAGCAGGAAUUCGAACAGAAACUGGCUUCCAAAUGGGUGCUCGUAUCAGCUUAGAUAAGCAGCUACAAAAUCACCAAGUCACAGUCUCACGCAUUGCUUCCACACUUGGAAAUAACCAAUCGGCUCUGCAGCAUUUAAACAAAUGCUUAUAUUCAGUGGGAAUGGGCAGCAAUGACUACAUAAACAACUAUUUCCUGCCUCAAUUUUAUGACACCAGUAGCAUAUAUAAUCCUGAACAAUACGCCACACUUCUUAUUGAUCAAUAUUCUCGUCAAAUAAAGAGCUUGUACAAGAAUGGAGCGAGGAAGGUGGCCUUGAUUGGAUUGGGAUCAAUAGGCUGCACCCCAAAUGCAAUUUCAACAUUUGGCACAAAUGGGUCCGCAUGUGUGAAUUAUAUGAACAGUGCGGUCCACCUUUUUAACCAAAAGCUUUUAGCUCUAGUCAAUCAGCUAAACACCAAUCUGACCGAUGCAAGAUUCAUCUAUGUCAACAGCUUUGGAAUGGCUUCAGGGAACCCAGCAGCUGCUGGUUUCAAGGUUGUGAAUGUUGGGUGCUGCCCAGUGAAUAAUUUUGGUCAAUGUGCUGCUGGCCAAACUCCAUGCCAGAACAGGAGUGAGUAUGUGUUCUGGGAUGGAUUUCAUCCCACUGAGGCUUUGAAUAAAAUCACUGCAACAAGAACAUACACCGAGUUUGAUCCGUCCGACACUUAUCCGUUGGAUAUCAGUCACCUUGUUCAACUUAUGCCAACAACAAUAUUGUUCAUGAUGGUCGUCGUUUUGGUGGAUCCAAUUUGUGGAGCACCACGAGUUCCUUGUUUUUUCAUUUUUGGUGAUUCAUUGGCCGAUAAUGGCAAUAAUAACAACCUCCUCACCACGGCCAGAGUGAACUACCAGCCCUACGGGAUUGAUUUUCUCACUGGACCAACCGGAAGGUUUUGCAACGGCCGGACCACCGUUGACAUAUUAGCUCAACUUCUGGGUUUUGAGAAUCUCAUCCCUCCAUUUGCAACUAGCAAUAAGGGUCCAGACAUUUUAAAAGGUCUGAAUUAUGCAUCUGGCGCAGCAGGAAUUCGAGUCGAAACUGGCUCCCAAUUGGGUGGUCAUAUCAACUUAGAUCAGCAAUUACUUAAUCACCAAGUUACAGCCAUACGCAUUGCUUCCAUACUUGGAAGUAAACAAUCAGCUUUGCAGUAUUUAAACAAAUGCUUAUAUUCAGUUGGAAUGGGAAACAAUGAUUACAUUAACAAUUACUUCAAGCCUCAAUUUUAUCCCACCAGUCGCAUAUACAACCUUGAACAAUAUACCGCAGUUCUUAUUGAACAAUAUUCUCGCCAAAUAAUGACUUUGAACGACAAGUAUGGAGCAAGGAAGGUGGCCUUGGUUGGGCUGGGACUUAUAGGCUGCACCCCAAAUGCGAUUUCAACAUUUGGAACGAAUGGGUCUGCAUGUGUUGAUAAAUUGAACAGUGCAGCCCAAAUGUUUAACCAAAAGCUUGUAUCUUUGGUCGAUCAGCUCAACGCCAAUCUGAGAGAUGCAAAAUUCAUCUAUGUCAACAGCUUUGGGAUGGGGUCGGGCGACCCUGCAGCUGCUGGGUUCAGGGUUGUUAAUGUUGGAUGCUGCCCAGUAAACAAUAUUGGUCAAUGUGCUGCUGGCCAAACUCCAUGCCAAAAUAGGAGUGAGUAUGUGUUUUGGGAUGGAUUUCAUCCUACUGAGGCCUUGAACCAUAUCACUGCAAUAAGAACAUAUACUGCUUUUGAUCCGUCCGAUACUUACCCAAUGGAUAUCAGUCACCUCGUUCAGCUUAGGUUAUAA